CGCUGUCCGAAUCCGUGGUGAAUAUCGAAAACUGGACCGAUCCCGCUUUUUGACACUUCAUUUUUUUUGGGUCCCUUGUUUUUUUUUGAGCUAGAAAAAAACAACACAAAAAUAGACAACAAAACGACCCGUUUAUUAUCUCCGGCAGAAUCUGCGAAAAAUUCAUUCCCAUUAACUUUGGUCACGAGCACCGUGAAAAUGUCCGAUCUCAGUGAGUUGAAUCGCUGCCGGCUGUGCUUCUCACCAAACAACCUAACGGAUGCACUAUUUCCGGCCAGCGGUUCCCCGAACCAAGAACUGAUGGGUAUGAUCUACGCGUGUACUUCGAUUCGUAUCACUUUCGAGAAGGAUUUUCCCUGCCCGAUCUGCAGUAGUUGCGUCCGGAUCGUUAACCAGUUUCACGCCUACCGGCGCAAGUGUUUAACCAAUGAUCGUGAACUGAAGCAGCUGCGCGACGGAAAGGCGAGUGAUUUGUCCGGCGAAGACGAGGAUGGGGAAUCCGAUGAUGAGACAGACCCACUUUCGAACGCGUCGGUGAAACAGGAGGAUACGGGUUACGGUCGGUUUUAUAGUAGGGUUAAACGACAGAUUCGUGAUUUUCUGGAGACUCAGGUUAAGGAGAUUGAACGGAAAGCGUUAAACCAACUGAAUGAUGCUCUGAGGCAAAGGCUACACACGGGAACGGAUAUAGGUUUACAGAUGACGGUUGAUGAGUCGUUUGGUGAGCAGGAGCCGCAGCCACACGACGAAGAGUUUAAUUAUACCCAGGAAAGUAACGAACAAGAAAGGGACUAUGGACAGCGAACUAGUAACAGUUCAGACGGAACCGAUUGGAAGACUAAAUAUUUAACGCUUCAGAAGAACAAUGACCUGCUGCAGAAAGCGUUCCGAGAGCAAAAGGGCAAAAUGAAAAGCACGGAACUGAUGUUAAAAAAUUACCAGGAGCAAAGUGGUAUAGCAGGUUCGUCCAACAGUUCCAUGAAUUCCAGUAUGAUGGAAAUGGUCAGUCCCAUAGAGCAAUCAAAUCAUCCAAUCAGUAUCAAUGGAUGGCCGUCAGGAUUUACAACGCAUCCUGCAUUCCCGGAGAUAUCAGUCGACUAUUUGAGAAUUAUAAACUACAAAUCGGGUCCCGGAGAGAAGGGCGAUCGUAUAUUUGUCAGCAAACUCGCGGUUGCCGUGUUUGGAGUGGAAACGUUAGCUAAUUCUAGCGUGACUGGACGACCCUCGAAUGCACACAAUCAUCUCCCACCGAAACCCCCGCUAUGUCCGCAGAAGUUGGCGGCAAUUGGACUAAAACUUUUCGAACGUGUCCAGCUUGAGGUGGGACCCGCGAACCAGGAAGAGCUGCUCACCCGCUCGCACGAGCGACUGGUCCGCAUUAUCGUGUGCCAAAAAUCGAUGAACUUGAGGAAGCAGUUCGCUAAACAGUUUCACGGACAAGACGAUGAUCUGGAGUCGGAGCCGGAGAAGAAGAAGAAGAAAUUUCAGCUAAAGAAAGCCUAACCGUCCCGGUACGGUAUGGCCGGAGUGUUUAGAUGAAUAGGGAGUAAGUGAGUUAAAUAAAAACAAAGUCGUUCUCGUCACAUUUAAUUACACUGUAUUAGUUGAGUCUACGCAAUUAAUUGCAACACGUAUUUGACAGUUACACUCGAUCACUGCGCCACCUACAAACGUUGGCCAAACGUGUCUCAGACAGGAGGGUGUCACUCCUGUCAUCCGCUAUGGAGAUAUACGGACUUUGACAGUAGUCAACAUAGGAUGGGCCUAGCUGCAUCUAGGCCCACGUCGCCCGUGCAAUAGCAUUGGGUUGUUUUGAUUUUAACAAAGGCAGAUGUUGGCUAGGACAACAUGGCUGCCUAGCAGGGGGCUGGUCUCAGACGUUCGAUUAAUUCGGAAUUUCAGUACCGGGUGUUCACACACAAUUUCGAAUCGAGCCUAAACGUCUGUUAUCUGUGACUUGAUUAAAUGUGUUUCUAUUUGUUUCAAUCUCAAACGCAUUUUCAAAGCUUUGCUUUGUCUAUUAAUAAUUUGUACAUGAUUGUGAUUCAUUCGGGGAGCAACCGAUAAGUGACCAGGCAUCUAGGCUGUGAAUAAAAAAGGAAGGUCACUAGCUAGUUAAGUUCAUUAAACGGCUUAUUCCUAGAGCAAUGUCGUCGGUUAGCUGGUUUCGCCUUUGGGGGAUACACCGUCGCAAUACAGGCGGAUGCAACGACACGACAUAAUUAUUGGCACAGAAAUCAGACGCCCAUCUCGAGCGUUUAAGUUGUUUAAAAAUUAACGAAUUGACUUAUUAUCAGAUAGUCAAAUGGGACAUUGAAUGAAGAAUACAAUUCUUUUACUACAAACAUCAAUUUCUAAAUCUAACAAUAAAUUGAUUUCUACGAAACGAAA